AUGGAAGAACUGAGCGCUUCGUCCGAAAAAACUACUGACUGGAAAGAGGUGUUUCGAACGCACAGUAUUUCACAAACCAUUCAAUUGGAAAAGUUCGUACAACAGCAGGUAGAGGAGAAAGGAAGAGAGCUUCAGCAAAGUGUCUGUUUAAAUUAUCAAAGUUUUCUGAAAGCUGCUGAUAAUAUCUCUCAAAUUCAGUCCAGUUUGCUGGCUGUUGUAGAGAACAUUCACCAACUUCAAUCUCAAACGAGUGAACAAAAAGCAGAAAAAGCUGCCGAUGUAUUCUCCAAGUUUUCUUCCUUACGUUUGUCGGGUAAUGAGAAUGGCUUCAAGUCCUUUGUAAAAAGAUUUUGCUAUACAGCCCUUCCGUAUACGUUUCAGUUGCUCAAUAAUGAAGAGUAUCUACUUUCCAUUCGUUUGUUCCUUUUUACUCGUGUUUUGUUUCAGCGGCUUCACAAAGAUGAUCGGGAUUUGAAGGAAUUUGUCCAUAAGUAUGAUGCGUGCACUCAUUAUUAUGAGGAACAGUUAAACCAACUGUCGAAGGAAGACUUGAAAAAUCAAGAUAAAAUUAUGGCUUCGCUUACUUUGCUUAAGCAUAUGACUUUAGAAGAUUCUUUACGUGCAUUUCUGGAUGUUCGUUUUACGACUCUCAUGUCCAUGACAGACACUCUACAGUUUGGCUUGGAAUUUGUUACUACCGGCGAACUUGUAAGAAAAUGGUAUCCACAUCACAUUAACCAAGUUAUAUCUUCAAUUUCUGAGUUUGAAUUUUUAUCUAGCAAAUCGCUUCGUAGCGACCUCUGCCUUACGGACGAUAUUUGUACUCGCUACUUGCUUUUGGAAGAUUUGAAUUAUGUUCCUAAAUGGGAUGCUUCAUUCGAUGUUGAUUUGGAUGGAGUCUUAAGUGAAUGGAGACAUCGUGUGUACGCAGACAUCAAGAAUUUAAGGAAACCGUUUUUUGAAGAAGUACAAGAUCUCGAGAAAGUAAAAGAAAAAUAUGGUGCCCUUUCUAAUAUUAAUGCUACUUCUCAAUCAGAAGAUCUUCAAGACUUGUGGAAUUCCCUCUUAUACCCUCACUUUAUAAAUGCUCUCCAGGAAAUAGUGGAAAAUAUCAAGCAGCAUAGAUUGAAAGUAUUCGGUUUGAUAGACACGCUUUUAGCAAGCUCAACCCAAGCUGAGUACGACAUUUGGAACUUGUCAGGGGAGCCCAAUUUAUCAUCGUUUCAGUCCUACUUUUUACAAGCCUGUGGAAUGAAGGAUGACACGAAAAAUUUUUAUCAAGAGCUUUUAUCUUUCAAGGAUCGCGUCAAACGAAUAAGAGGUUUUUUGGAAACUUUUGACUCUUACGAAAACACACCUCUGCCUUUUAAUACGGGAAGCCUCAAACAAUCAGUAAAUGAGAAACUAAAUGAAUUCUCAGAAGAAAUAUUGCAGAAACUUGAUAAAGCGUCUGAGGAGAUAACAUCAUCCGAGUCAACAGAGAAUAAAGAUGUCCUUUUGGCUAAAGCAAUUAAACUCGUUAGGAUUAUUGGACUUUGCGAAGGGAUUGUAAACUACGAUUUGUUUAUUAAAUUUUCACAAAAAGUGACAGAUGCAUUGGCGAAGGAAAUAGCAACGAAGUCUUUAGAGGGAUAUGCCAUUGGUUUCGAUAAAGAGUUAAGCACGGUUGACGAUGAAAGUUUUGGAAAAACGUAUUUUCCUUUACAGGCAACGUAUACUGUUUUUAUGAAUGUUGUCGAUAGAUUGGAAAUUAUCGGAAUUGAUAUAGCUAACGACACUCUAAAAGAGAAGUUAGUAUCUGAAUUGAGUUUCUCAAUGCUAAACAUUCUCAAAGAGAUUUCUUCUACUUCCCUAAGUAAUAUUCAGAAGCAAAAACUGAUAUUUGAUUAUGAGUUAUUGAAAUCACUAUAUGAAAAAUGUGGAAACGAAGUGAAAUCAAAAGAUUUGCCAGCUUUGACUAUACACGAAUCCGAAGAAGACAAGGAAGAUACAUCUUCCAUUGAGGUAGGGACAAUAAGCGAUGAAGCGAAAAGUUAUGUAAUAAGAAUCAGGUCAUUCUUUACUAUAUUAUUCCCUAGAGGAGUUUGA